CACCCAACCCUUCUUCUUUUUUCUCUCUCUUCAACCAAACAACAAAAAUCAUCAAUUUUUUUUUUUAAAAAAAAUUAAUUCAUAAACCGAAAUUCUCACACUUUGGAAAAUCAUUCAUUUGAUUUGUAAAAAGGUGAGAUCAGAUCAUCAAGAUGUUGAGUACUGAAAGAGACAAGUACAGUACGAUUAAUUUCGAAGAGACGGAGCUUAGACUCGGACUCGGGCUCGGACUUCCCGGUGGAUCUUGUGAACAACUAGCGGAUCAGCUAGCGAAGAAUAAUAAUGGUAAAAGAGGAUUUUGUGAGACUGAAGUUGACUCCAAUGUUGAUUUGAAGCUUAAUCUUUCGACUUCGACUAAGACCACUACCACAACCACCACCUCCACCACCACUUCUUCCGCCUCAGUAAAGGAUACCAAGGCGGAACAAGGUGAUCAAAAGUUGAAGGAUAAAGUUAGUGCUGAUGUUAGUGCUAAGACUACUUCUACCGCUGCUGAUCCUGCUAAACCCCCUGCUGCUAAGACACAAGUUGUAGGUUGGCCACCCGUUCGUGCGUUCAGGAAGAACAUCGUAGCCACGACCCAAAAGAAGAGCUCAGAUGAGCAAGCUGACCAGAAAUCUUCUAACAACGCGGCCACAAGUGCCGCGUUUGUGAAGGUUAGCAUGGACGGUGCACCUUACCUACGAAAGGUGGACUUGAAAUUAUACAAGAGUUAUCAAGAACUUUCUGAUGCCUUAGGCAAAAUGUUCAGCUCCUUUACAAUAGGUAAUUGCGGAUCAAAUGGAAUGAAGGAUUUCAUGAAUGAAAGCAAAUUGAUUGAUCUUCUAAAUGGUUCUGAUUACGUCCCUACUUAUGAAGAUAAAGAUGGUGAUUGGAUGCUUGUCGGCGAUGUUCCAUGGGAGAUGUUCGUCGGAUCAUGCAAACGUCUUCGUAUAAUGAAGGGAUCAGAAGCCAUUGGACUAGCACCAAGGGCGGUUGAGAAGUGCAAGAAUAGAACUUGAAGAUAUUUUUAUGAUGUUGAAUGUUUGCACAACUUGUGUCAAAUGUAAAACUUGUUCUUAAUUUUCUUUUCCUUUUUUUUUUUAAUUUUUUUUUUUUUUUUUUUUUUUUUUGGCUUAGUGUUAAAAAGAAAGCCUUAUAUAAAAAUUUUAAUAGUGAUGGGAAGGCAGACCGGCUCGAGAGGGAUCGAGCAAGAUGUCUGGAUGGUGUAAUAUUUUUGGUUAACGUUUCUUGAAAAUUAUGUGAAGAAAAGUUGUCAAAUGAUUAUAUAAAUUAUUUUAUGCUUCUUUCA